AGCCCUUCAGAUCUCUGGUCCAGGGUGUUCUAACCUGUUUGACCUGAUGGGGAUGUGGUGUUUCAAGGCUGCUUGGCUGGGGGGGUCUAUAACGGAUUGUGUGCGUGGUAGUGUGGCUGUGUGGUGUUGGUGCGAUUGGUGUAGGUAGGCCUCCAGGGUGAAUACAUUUCAAAAAAGAGAUAUCUAUUUCAAAAGGGUGAAGCUGUGAGGGGGCUCUGACCUGCUGACGGUGACGGUGGUGGUCCCGUGGUGGGUAGCCGGAGAGGGUGGAGGUCCCGUGGUGGGUAGAGGCGACGGCAGGACGGUCCCUGGUAACUGCUGACGGUGACACAGCCAACGGGCCCAUAGAUUUGGCAAUCAGAGAAGUCGCUCUUUCAAAAAUCCAACACCUGUUUGCAAACAUCCAUAUACCUCAGAACAUCCUCACAGAGAUGACAAACAAGACGGUGAGCCUGGUGAGGAAAUGGCUUGGCUUAAACACCCACUCGACCCGUGACAUCAUCUUCCAAGCCCGCGGAGAUGGAGGUCCCGGAGUCCCAAACAUUGAGUGGGUCUACACCGCCACCAGAACCAACCACCUCCUCAAGAUGCUCAACUGCGACGACGUGACAGUCCGGGAAAUGGCCCGUGAAUCACUCCUCCUGCAUAUGCAGCGACGCAAAAUCCCACCUGCGAAGGAGAAUGAGCGGCAAUUCCUCGGAUUCAAAAUAAAAGAUAAUGGAAAACUGGACAUCAGAACUGCAGGCUUCGGUGUGCGGUCAGACUGGAUGGAUCUCAAUGACCUGUGCCACCGCUCAGGAAUAAAUCUGAAGUGGGCGGGGCCCGAUGGUACACCUGUUGCACUGAACUCUGUUGUCAUGGACCCGCUCAUCAAUGUAUGCGCGACCUUUGAACAGGAAGAUGGGCAACACGAGCUGUCAAUCAAAACAGCGAGAGCCACAAUGCUAAGAAUGAAAGUAGAAGAGAGUGCGCAGCAUUGGACUAGCUUAAGCCUGCAGGGCAAACUGGCACUGCUACCCUUUGCAAACCACUCUGUGUCCCACUCAAUCCUCUCAAACACGACCAUUGGAGAGGACGUCCUUAUCUUUUGCAUUAAGGCCCGCUUACAGGUAUUGCCAAAAAAAUACAACCUGGCAAUCUGCUAUCCAUCGCAACACAACCCACACUGCAUCCUACAUCCCACCCCAGACAAUAAAGAGACAAUGGCUCAUAUCCUAAACGGCUGUAGCUUUUACAAAGGACUGUACAUCGCCAGACAUGACCGUCUGGUGGACUUGGUCUCACAAGAACUCAGACAAGUACAGGACAGAACAACACACAUGUUGUUCUGUCAAUACCCCACAACAAUACCCCCACCUACCUCUCUGACCUCCUGGAAUCCUACACUCCUGCCCGCUCACUGAGAUCCUCCACAGCAGGCCUACUGCAUGUCCCUAAGGCGAACCUCAGCACCCUGGGAGAGAGGGCUUUCAGCUACAUCGCCCCCAAGUUGUGGAAUUCACUGCCAGACUACAUCAGACACUGUGACUCAAUUACUGACUUUAAAAGCAGACUUAAAACUAAUUUCUUCAAGAUAGCUUAUGGACUGACUGACUGACUUUUAUUUUUCUUAUUUCUAUUUAUUUCUAUGAGAUUAUUGUAAUUGUAAUGAGAUGAUUGUUUGUGAAGCGACCUUGGGUGUCAUGAAAGGCGCUUGAAAUAAAAUGUAUUAUUAUUAUUAUUAUUAUGUAUAAGCACAGCACUGUGAAAUUGAACUGGUUUGAUCAUAAUUGUACUGAUAACAACAUACUGUAUAACAUCCCAAACACCCCGGACAUUGUUUUCAUUAACCAAGCCAGAAAAUCAGUUACCAUCUUUGAAAUAGGCUGUGCGUUUGAUCUGUAUAUGGACACUUGCUUCACAUCCAAAUUCAUGAAAUACCAGCCAUUGGUAGAAUGUAUCACAGCUCUAGGAUAUAACUGCCAAUUAAUCAUAGUUGUGUUCGGAAGUCUGGGGCAUGUACACAAACUUGUGCUCCGAGGUUUGCAGAUGGGUGGACUGCAAAAGGCUGAUGCGAAAAGAGUUCUAAAAUUCUGCUCAGUCUCAGCGACCAUAGGCAGCCUCCACAUCUGGAAAAGACGUUGUGUUGUCUAUCCCUGAAUGCCAUAUUGUCAUAUGCAAUGCUUUAACCUCAGCUAAACCAUCAUAAUUUCAUCUCUACUCCUCUGCGUGCUUAAGCAUUUUGCACAUUCAGUGUCUGGUUAGUUUUCAGAUUGAAACCUUCUAAUUAAUGUUUGUGAAAACUUUGUUUUGCUUGUAGAUCCAAAUAAAAUAAUUUGUU